CUGAACGAUUAUAAAUCAAAUUUUGACUUGUAGUCUUGGUAACACAGCCUUUACAAGCAAAAACCCCUCUGGAAACCUACCCACAACCAUGCCGAAGUUUAUUCCAAACCAGAUACUCAUCUUCCUGAUUGGUCUAUCAGCUGGCCAGCGCUUGCCUCCCGGUGUCAAUCCAAAACGCUAUCAACCACCAGAACAGCAUGUCCACCCUCAGCAAUAUUCCUACAAACAAGAGUCCCUGGCUCAGUAUCUGCAAGGUUCAGAGCAUCAGAUGCCACAUCACCAUCACCAUCAGGCACAGGAGGACCUAAGCCAAAAGGUCAUAACCACUGGAAACAUUGACCUAGAGCGCAGUCAUAUCCAAGAACACAUGCCAGUGCCUAUCGAUACAAGUCAAAUGGCCGAUGCCGAGCUACAGUUUUAUUAUUUCAAGAUGCACGAUUCCGAUGGCAACAACAAGCUGGAUGGUUGUGAACUGUACAAGGCACUGGUCCAUUUGCAUGGCGAAGACGACAAGAUUCAAGUCAGUUUGGAUGCAAAGACCCUAAGCGACGAAGAGCUGGCAGUACUCAUUGAUCCCAUUCUAGAGAUGGAUGAUACCUCGCGCGAUGGUUUUAUAGACUAUCCGGAGUUUAUCAAGGCAAGGAUCAAGAAGCAAGUGUAAGAGAUGGAGGAAUAAUACGAUUUAUAAGUAGGAAAUCAUCUUCAUACACAAAAAAUAAGAUAUGUAGAAAGUAAAUUCUAGCUUGAGGAAUGAAUAAAGACCUUGGAAAAGCAUUUAAGAAUAAUGUA